UGAUUUCAUUUCAGGUAUGCAAUGUCAUCCAAAUUACCAGCAUCUAGUACUGAUUUUGCUGCUGGAAAAUCUUCUUUUUCCUUUAGCAAAACCUACUCUGAAGAUCAACCAGAAUUAAAUCUUAACAACCCUUUUGUGUCCCAGUCUGUUCAUUAUGAAUCUAGCUACUCAAGUUCUGUCAAAAGCUGCUGCAAGUGUGGCAAUUUUGAGAGGGGAAGGAAAAGACGGAAAAACAGCCAUGAAUCUCAAGAAAAUCUAGUCCCGCCCACUCAUGACUGGACAGGAGAACCACCAGCUCAAGGCAAUUUCUUUGAUGAUGGCACUCUUACCUAUUUCUGGAGAGCGCACACACUGACAACCCUCUUUCUUAUGGUUGGAUUCUUACUGUAUGAAGCUCUGUCUACUGAGGAUCAAAAUGUUGUGGACAACACCAAACGGGGUCUUGUGGCAAUGGUGUCAUGUUUUGUUCUUCUUGGUGUGACUGUCACUCCCGAUGGACCCUUCAAGCGACCACACCCAGCCCUAUGGCGCUUCACCUUCACCUGUUCCAUUGUUUAUGAGCUCUGCCUCAUCUUCUUCUUGUACCAGAGCACAGAUACAGCCAGAAAGCUGUUGAAACAUUUGGACCCUAAGCUUGGAGUGCCUCUUGAAGAAAAGGACUAUGGCGGCAACUGCUUGCUGUAUGAUCCAUCCAUGCCCGAAGAUCCUUAUCACAACAUCUGGGAUAAAAUGGAUCUGUUUGUUCCUCUGCACUUGCUUGGGUGGUGGUCCAAAACUUUGCUGCUGCGGGACUGGUGGCUGUGCUGGGUGAUCUCCAUCAUGUUCGAGGUGCUGGAGUACACCCUGGAGCACCAACUACCAAAUUUCUCUGAGUGUUGGUGGGACCACUGGAUUAUGGACGCGUUGGUAUGCAAUGGCCUGGGUAUUUACUUUGGCUUGCUCACUCUGAACUACUUUAGCAUGAAGACAUACCACUGGAGAGGCCUCUGGAACAUCCCUUCCUACAGAGGGAAGUUGCGUCGGAUCUUAGCACAGUUUGGGCCCUACGUGUGGGUGGACUAUGACUGGAAGCCGUUCUCGUCUCUGGGACGCUGGUGCGCCGUACUGCUCCUCAUUGCCGGCUUCCUGCUGGUAGAACUGAACACGUUCUACCUGAAGUUCGUACUCUGGAUACCCCCCGGCCACUGGGUCAACCUGUGCCGUCUGCUGCUCGUGCUGCCCUGGGGCGCUGUGGCGCUCAGGGAAACAUUCCAGUUCCUCGACGACCCUGAUGUUGAUAAAAUUGGUCGCCAGUCUUGGAUAUUCCUGGCCAUCAUCUGCACGGAGCUGCUCAUCGUGCUCAAGUUUGGCUGGGAGACCGUGACCAUCCCCUUCCCCAGGCACAUAGUGUCUCUCUGGCUUGGCAUCUUGGUCCUGCUGGUUUUGUGGACACUGUGGAACUUCUACAUCGAUCCUCACACCUUCAAAGUCGACUCUAGCAUGUCGGAGGACAGCCGCCGGCAACAUUGGACUCAGGUUCGCGCUAUCGAGACGAAGCUCAGCCCCUCUGAGCGGAUCGAGGCUUUCUUCAACCUAGAGCGCCUCAAGACGCGCAUCGCCGAAACACUGACGACGCUCACGUCUUCUUCUGCCGCGAUCCCAACGAACUCAACCUUCACCACUUCAGCCACCACACAGACGGGCGCCACUCCCACGCACGGCCUGAAGACAGGGAACGCAGAUGUCGUGAAGGAUCAGGACUCGUCAGGAACAAGCUUGUCCAAGAGGAUUGUCACAAAAACCUGACCAGUGCAGUAGUUCCACAACAUGCGGUGAAUUACCACUUGAAAUUUUCAUUGAUUAUUGAAAGUUGUGCAAUGGCAGGAAGUUUUGUGAAUUUAUCAAUUUUCUAUCUGUAUUGAUGUUGACAACGAUGAAGUCAAAUGCUCUGUGUGGCAUGAUCAAUUGAGUAAAGUGGUAUGAAUGUUGAGUGACAUAGCGCUGACGUGUAGGCUCAUUCUCUUCUCUCAAAUAUUUUCCCCCGCGUUUAAGUGGUCGAUUAUUGCCCGUCAUUGCUAAGUACCGGUCAUUCCAAGAGUUCCAAUAACAUUUUUUACCAGAUUACUUUAUUAUUUUUUGCAUGAGUCAACGAUUACCUAAUGUCGAAUUUUGCUAAUGUCUAAAGACUCCUUGAUGAAGUAGUUGUCGAGUUUGUCCCUAAUGAUCGUUAGAGCUUUUCUCACUUCAAAAAUUCUUGCAGUUUGUGUGCUUCCUGGAAAAUCAUUUAUUUUUUAAGAGUCCCAACGUUACAACGCCCACACCCGUUUAAAGUCUCACGUGAGGAGACUUCAGAAAUGUCAUUGUUCCUGCAAAUCUGAAUAACCAUUUUAUUUGUUUGUCCAAUGAGUGAACAAAUAACGUCCAUCUCUGUGAAUUUCGGAUUGUCACCUUUGCUUAUUCUGCUGCAUCAUGAUUCUCCAUUGUCUUUCCUCGACGUCAAUAAUGUAUCUUUAAUGGAUAAAUGAUUUCAUCUAUGACAUGCGAGUGGUUACCAUCAAAUGUACGUAAUAACGUAAUGGAUUCCAUAUAUUUAAGUGUGGAAUAAUUCGCGAUCAGAUUCCUUCUAAGCAUAUUUAACCCUUACAUUUUUGGAAUCUACCUUUUUCUAUCGAGGAGCGAAUCGAUGUUUGGUGACUUGUGAUGGAAAAUAAGCCAAUAUUCAAGAUACACGGUGAACGCAAUUGCGAGAAUAAUGCAUUUCAGAUUCAAUUGGUAAUAAUUCGGCCUCAUGCAAGAAGCAAGGAGCUACUACAGCACAGUUACAAUUUGAGAGACAUUAUAUCACUUUCAAGAGUUUACGAAUGAUGAUUCUUAAUGUUAUAUCUAUCCAUCCAGAAGGUAAUGUUUAAAACUAGAACAACUGUCUCCCAAGUAGCAUUAAGAAAUAGUUCUGGGAGAUAUUUCAAUUAUAUCCUCAUUCGGAGUUUCUCGUUCUAGCAGCAUCUGACUAGGUUAUUGUUCUAGAUUUACUUUACCUCUGAUUAUAUUAAUUUUGCCUUGUAUCCUUUGCUUCUAAAUUUUUUGGUAAUCCGCGUGCAUGUUUGUGGCUUACUUUUCCCAGUCCUGUUUAAGGUUAUUGUUGUUCUUUGCUCUGGUAAUUAAGCUAUAGAUGUUAUUUUCAGCUAUAGGUACGUUUUGCGUGCAAUCUGACAUUGUUUCAGCUCUUGCAUUAAAAAGUAAGACGUGCUAGAGUUCCUAUGUUUUUCAAACUACGAUUCUGUCACAGUAUAUUUAUUAUAACAUUGUGUGAAUCAUUUUGGCUUGUGAACGACCAUUUAUAUGUUGAGAGGUCAUUUUGUGUAAAAUCUGCAUAAAAAAUUAAGAAACGUAACUUAUUUAAUGCCUAAUAAUUGUCUGCUAUUUAAUGUCUGUGAUACAAAGCCAAUUAUCCCCCUAAGCGUGCGAGAUUCUCCAGAGCGAAUUUCUGUAUUUUUCGUAAUUUGGUGUGAUGUGUCAUGGCGGUUGAGGCCAAAUACCGUCACGUAUGCGCUCGGUUAGUCUUGUAGAAUAAGAAGAAUGUUGUCACAAAGUCUCAAAUGCUGUUUCUAUCAAGGCUUGUCUAUCGCACACAGAGAGAAUAGUUUAAGAAAACCUUCAUCAUUAUUCUGCUUAAAUCGAUACGUUGUCCAUCAAGAAUUUAAAAACGUAGAAAACGCAAAAUAAAGUCACCAGAUCUUCAUUAACGUUUCGCUGAUCAGCCCCAGCAUCCGUUGAGUUUUUUCCAAAGAAGAUAUCUUGAAUUUAUUUGACGUAUUCUUAGCUUUUAUAUUCUUGGCUUGGAGAACUUAUUAUGUCUCGCUAACCCCUGAGUAAUAUUAGUUGAUUUUGCUUAACAUAAACGGUGUGAAACUAUUCCAGGUAAGAAAAAACUCAAAUUGGCAUCAAGGCAUUAAGUUGCUCGGUGAAAUUAUCUGGAAGGAUCUCAUCGCUGUCCGUGUUAAGCAGUUUGCAAAUUUAGAGGAUAUAUUCAUGUUUCAUCUGACAAUGUUCUACGAGGACGUGCGUGUACAUAUUGAUGGAGAAAUUGGCUUAGCGUUCUUGGUCGUAGUAUUGAAAUAUUCGUUUGUUUGUUGUUAUUUGUUCGGGAUUUCAUAACUUGUGUGCUAAUUGUUGAGAACUUCUUUGUGAUGAAUUGGUGCAAGUGUCUUUUACUUUAGAAUUCAUUUAUUCCAUUAAAAUGCUAUUAGUUUCUA